UUAUUGGCCAGGUUAUGGUACCCAGAUCGUAUUUCGCUCGUCUUUGUCUAUUUUUGUGUGUUUUUGUCAGCUUUUUGUAUAGUGUAGACUGUAGCACUGAGAAGGAAUCUCAUUCUUUAUUUGACGGAUGGACGGUGCCGUCUUCUUCUAAUGACAAAUUCUCAGUAAUUGUUGGUGAUCAUGACAGAGUGGUGGAUGACGCCACUAUGGACGUACUGCUAGACUAUGUUCUAUCAUACUGGACAUGGAGAUAUAUAGAACCACAUCAGACUAAAAGCAACGAGCGGGGUAUUUGGAUUGCAAAUUACUCUCCCUCACUAUUCCGUCAGAGUCGCGUCUUGCGAGCAAUUAACACAUUUGUGCACCAGUCUCAUAAUGACAGUUCAUUGGAGCUUGAAAGUGUGUGUGCAAGAGCUGUUCAGAGGGGUGACAUAAACCAUAUUGAGCACGCUAAUGGGAUGGUUGGCAGUGAUGCGUUUGUAUUACUGAUGUUUCUCAACCUGAACAAAACGUGGGGUAAAAAUGAUGGUGGUGAACUGAUAUUGUGGGACAAAGAUGGAACGCUUUUGACUGUUGUUCAUCCCAAGUACGGAAGAAUGGUUACAUUUCCAAGUGAAUUUUCUCUGCUUUACAAACCACCUUCGAUUGCCACCACUGCAACACAAAUCAUUAUCCAAAUGUCGUUCGCAUUGAAGGAUAUUUCUAAAGUAGAUGUGGAAAUGUUUAGGAACGAUGAUGUGGUAAAGAAUGAAUUUCCAUUGCCAAUUGUUACAUCAGCUUUGGUUAUUGACAUCGAGUCACACAUCACACGUAGAUACUACUCUGCAAAGGGACUAAGUGUUACCAUUUUAGACAACAUAUUCAGUCGAGAAGAUCUUGACAUUUUAAGGAAUUUUGUGCUUGACAAUGGAACAUACAACUUUGAUUUAAGUGUUGAUAGUGCUGACAAUGUAAAAUGGGUCACUGGAUAUGAGGUUGCCGAGUUUAUGAAGAGUCGCAUCUGGGUUGUAGCAAAACAAGUGGUCGAUCACAUUACUAAAAGAAGUGAUUAUUAUCCUUAUGAUGUCACGUGUAAUUUGAUUAGAGGCUUUGACCAUCCCGAGAUCCACACUGACUGUGAACCUGAGCAGGAUGAAUACACUUUCCUUGUCUAUCUGAAUCCUAACUGCACAGCAGACUGGCAAGGAGAAACAUCGUUUUUUGAAGAGAAUGGUGAGCUAUUUGCAAGUAUUCGACCGCGCUAUGGUCGUAUUGCAUUGUUUCAUGGUGCUAUUCUUCAUUCUGGUCAUCCUUUUAGUUUAUUAUAUUCUCAAGCACGCUUGACAUUUGCUAUCAAAAUGCUUCCAAAAAAGGAGGCAAACGAGUACUUGAAACAAGAAUUGCUUGAAAGCAUUGAGGGAAUUAUUGAUUUAGUGACGGAGGAGGAGAAACAACAACUUAAGAAGGCAAUGAGAUCUGUCGAAGAAGGAUCAAGAAACUUGGAAUGGCUUGAUGAGAUGUUUCGUCAAGUGUCUGUAAAUUCUGAAAAUGUGCUAAGAAACAAGUUGUGACAAAGUUGUGAUCCUUUUUAUUUUCGAUACUAUCAAUUUCACUUUUAGAGGUUGUACAUGUACUGUAUGUAGCCAGAUAAGAAAGAUUACAAGGUACUUAAUGUACAAUACAAGUACAGUAUAUUUUACCAUAGUUAGACUCUCUUGACCUUCGUUGACUUUUAAACAUCCGGGAGCCGUCUUUAUAGGGCUAGUUGAUCCAGCACAAAUAGUGAAGUAAAGAAACAUGGUUAUUCUUAGGAGAUGAGCAUCUCGGCAAGUGAGAGUUGUUAGCAAGUAGGGUCACGAAAUAGAACAAGAGGUGAGACAAGAGAGUAUGAUGAGUGUAUCUAUACCAGCUUUUUAUAUAUCUAUCAAACUUUUGUGCAGUUCUGUUGGUGUAGAAUGAAUGGCAUAGGCAGGUUUUAGAAAGGAUUUUUGUUAGGAUUAGAUUGUUCUAUUUUGGAUUCGUUUGUUGUUGGUUAGAAAAUAGGGAGAUUGUUAUCCGAUAACGGACAAAGUUUACAGGUACAUAGACAAGAGGGACCAACAGAAAAACAGACAGAUGGAUGGAUAUACAGACAGACGGACGAACUAUUGCUCCAUCCGUUUGUCUUUGAUAUGCAAAGCCUUAUUCUUCCGUUUCCUUUGUAGGAAGGGCUUAGAUAAUUUGAUAAACGUAUGUACGAAGGGGUGAGUUGUAUAAGCAACAGACGCUGUCGGAUCCACUUUUUUUAGUCUCUGAGCUAUAAGCUGGCUCCUGAACUAAAGAAAUUGAAGAAAAAUACAGUACGACUUUCAGUAGGAAGAAGUUAGAUAUCAAAUUGCUUAGUAAAAGAAGCAUUGCAGGAAGAACUGGUCUUGAGAAACAUAUCAGAGCUGUCGGAGUUUUUGACGAAAGCGAUCAUGAGAGAUCUGAACCCACCAAUGUUUAUUAAAGUCAGAAUGUCAAUCGGAUAAUAUACCUGAUGAAAGUGUUGGACGUGCUAAAAGGUGCAGAUUCAGAAACAGGUGAAGACAAGAAAGAAAGAACUUGUAGCUUCUGUGUC